GUGGCACUGGUGUCAGCUUCCUUCUGCAGAUGAGGAAGCCGAGGCUUGGAGAGGGGAUGCCAAGAGCCCAAGGUCCCAGAGCAGUAAAUAGCAGCACUGGAUUCCAAUUCAGCUGAUUCCACUUGCCCAGAGGCUGAUCUGCGGCUCGUGUAGUCGAGUCUUCAUCAUCCUUUGCUCUCCCCACUCCUGCCGCAGAGCCAGACCCCCAGAAUUUACUCCAAGGGCCACAGACUCAAACAUCUACAGGCCCCAGAGACUCAGCUCCCUGAGUGCCAUCGCUCUGAAGCUUCUCCCGCCGCCGCUCCCUCCCGAAUCCAGAAGACCACCAUCAACUCCUGCCACGUUCCACCCCCUGGGGAGCCGCUCCCACCUCCACCCCGCCCUUACCCUCCCCUCCUCUAAAUCCUUCCGCGGGUAUCAAACACGCUGCAAAAGCCGCCUGUUACACGCUCGUGUGUCUCACUGCACACGCUCGUGUCUCACUGCCAGCCAGACUGUGAACCCUUCACAAGCCACAACGACGUCUGCUGCGCCUCUUGUAAGCCCCACGGCAGUUGUGCUCAGGGCUUGAGAAAUACGUGCCGGCCAGCUGAGAAACUCUACGGAGCUUUUCAGUUGACCAGAAAGUAAUGAUUAAAAGAAGAAUUAGAAGACCAGGUAUUGAAUUAUUACUUUUUUUAACUUCUGAUGCCCACUUGAAUCUUUAUGACACAUCUCAAAACCAAAGCUAAAAAAAAAAAGUCCCAGCCAGCUUGGAUCAAACAGCGGAGAAAGAGAAGAUGGUCGUAAGGUUGCACAAGCUGCAGAGCAGAAGAAGGGGAACCCGGCCCUCUAGCAGAGAGAGAGAGAAACGAACUACAACAGGGAGGAAGGGAGGAAUAAACAGACACGGAGACGACGGGGUUCCUGGGAGAUGGGCCCCUGUUCCAGCCGCUUGUCCUCACCAGCCUGGCCUGGCUCCACACUGCCACCCUCCAGCUCCAGGCUUGACGCCAAAGAGCUCUGCUUCCUGGCGUGGGCACACCGGUCAAGAGGCUGAGUUCUGGAGUCGGAGGACCCGGGUUCAAAUGCUGCCGCUGGCACUUCUGGGCUGCACGACCUUGGCCAAGUUUCAGCUUCUCAGAGCGUCAGUCUGCUCUUCUGUCCGAUGAGGACACUGGAAGCAUGGAUGGCAGGGCUCUGCUGGGAGGACCAGUGAGAGAUGCACACGCAAACUGCUUUCGGACGCCAUCUGCGCAUGACGGGGCUCAGUGCCCGUGAGCUGUUAUUUUUAUUGCGUACAACCUUACUCAGCUUGGACUGACGGGGAAAGAAGGAGAGAGUCAGGAGAUGUCGAAACCAGGAACUUCACCCAGCAAAGGGAUAAAGAAUGGAGAGCUGUCCCCAGAGCUCCUUGAGCAUGAAGGUGGGAUGGGGACGGUCUUGGGACCAGCGUCCCUCCGGGGCUUGAUCCCACGGUGCUCCUCUGAAGAGCAUGGGUUUCGUUCCCGCGCUUCCAUGCUGUAAUUCGAGGCAGCCCCGGGAGGGCCCUGCGACCAGGAGCCACUGGAGGCACCAGACCUGGCUGGGAGCCGUCAGAGCCCUCCCGUGCUCCCUCCCUGACCUGGAGGCUGAGGAGUCGACUGUUCUGGCUCAUGAAGUGCUCUCAGAGUAAAUGGGAACUCAGACCCCCCGAAGGUGGGGGGUAAAGUACAGCGGCAGGCGCUCCAGCCGCACCCAGCUGCCACUACUGCCAUUUCCAGGCGGCAGCUUCCUGCAUGCGGAGGGGAGAGAUGGCGUUUCAUGGCGGGGGGCCCGAGGCAACAGACAGGAUCCCCCGUGAAGACUCGGAGGGUUGAGGGAGUGAAAGGCUUUAAGUCUCGUUACGAGGCUGGAACCCAGCAUGCCGGGUGCUUGCUCAUUUUAAUUGGUGCCUCUGCCGGCCUGGUGGCACCCAGCGCUCUGCCUCGGCGCAGCCCUAAGAAAGCCAGGGGAGUGGCUCCGGCAGAGCCAAAUGCCCGAGCUCCCUGGGAGGCUGUGAAAUCUAACUGCUGUUUCGUCUCCAGCUGCUGUGCUGUCUCCGCUUCCCGACUCAGCGGGGGCCACCCACCGUGCCAGGAAAGCGGCAAAAAGGAUUCGGAUCUCGGCCUGGGUUCAAGACCCCUGCUCAGGCACCAAGAUGUUCCCGAGAAGAAGCCCAGUCUCUGGCCGUGACAAUAACACUGUGACUGGCUGCGCACUUACCACAGGCAUCACACAUGAGCUCUCGCUGAAUCCCAGCACCUCUCCUGGGAGACGCCAUCACUCUCCCACCGUCCAGAUGAGGAGCCCGAGGCUUGGAGAAGUAAGCUCCGUACUCAGCCAGGAUUGAAGCCUGGAGCUUGACUCUGGAGCCUGCGAGCUUAACCACCCCACCACCCAGGGCAUCACAGGGGCCAGAAGCUCGGCAAGGCCCCGGGCUUCACUGUUUGGCAGAUACACUGGGGAUGCUCCAUCAGAGACAGAACCGUGGGCAUGGAUCUUGGCAAUGGACAGCCCACCUUGGGGUCGACCACCCUUGGGUAUAUGGCCCCACUGCUCUUUCCCACCUCAUCCUGGCUACACCUGCCCUAAGGCCAACAGCUCUGCUCCCCUGGACCGAGCCUGGGCCAGCUGGCUCUGGCUGCAUGAAGCCUGUGGCCCCGCCCAUUGCUAGACACCGCACUGGGUCCUAAGUAACUCCCGAUGGCGUCCUGGGCCUCAGGGUGAAGAGGAAGGCGGUUCCUCUGCUCUGUCACCUUAGGCCUCAUCCCUGCACGGCCUGUCACCUGGAAACCACGAACCACCAGCACCAAAGGAGCCCAUGAGACCAAGGGCCCUGCGGAAGCCUCAGCCACCUUUGGGACCCCAUCCCUUCUUCUGCCCAGAACAGGCGUAAAGUGCAGGCCCAUUUUCGGCAGCUGUGGGUUUAAAGGCAACGGGAAGGCAAAAGCUGAGUGUGGCCACAAUUCCCGUGGAAAACCCCUUGCACUGCCUGCAACGUUCAGGCUCUGUGGCCUAGUGGCGUCUAGACCCCAGCCUGGUGCGCACAACGCAGACCGUGGGCUUUCUCGAGACCACACUGUCCAAUGCCUGCCCCGCUGAUGUUUUCAAGGUGAUUCCUAAUUUGCAGGCUUUAAAUACCUCUGCGCAUCCCUGCCUCCUUUAUCAACCUGACACCUUCUGCCUGUGAGUCAGCCAUUAGCAUUUCGGCAGCCACUCUCUCAGCCCAGAGAUGUCUGAGUCUUGGAAAAAAUCCAUCCUUGCCCAAAUAAGGAAAAGAAAUCCAAACUCUCCAGUUUCCUGCAGGGAAAAUGCCCCAGGAUAGGGCGAAAGGUCACAGGCACCAGAGCCAGGUUCCUGGGCACCGGCAUCUGAGGAAAGGGCAGGACGCUAUGGGCUGACUUGUGUCCCCUAAAACUUCUAUGUUGAAGUCCUGACCCCCAGGACCUCACAUGUGGCUGAAUAAUUUGGAAACAGAGACUUUAAAGAGGUGAUUCAGGUAAAAAAGGUCAUAGGGGUGGGCCCUGAUGCAGUCUGACUGGUGUCCUCAUAAGAAGUGGUCGGGACACAGACACACAGACCAAGGGACGAACACGCGAGGACACAGUGAUAAGGCAGCCGUCUCCCAGUCAAGGAGAGAGGCCUCAGAAGAAAGCAGCUUGCUGACCCCUUGAUCUGGGGCUUCCAGCCUCCAGAACUGUGAGACAUACUGCUGGUGCUGAAGCCCCCAGUGUGUGGUGUUUUGUCCUGGCAGCCCCCGCACACUAAGACAAGGAGAAUGUAGGUGCAGAGCCAGAGGACGGCACGGUGACAGCUGCUGGGUCAGGGCGGGGCCCAGCGCCAUCAAGGCUCACGCCCUUAGAAAGCUGGCCCAGCCCUCAGUGGGUCACGCCCGCAUAGCUGCCGACUCAGCUGAAGGGCUCUGUGUGCAUCCUGCCAGCUCCUUGAUCCCUCAGAGGGUGGGACCAGCUGUAGACGGUGGGGGGAGGGGCGCGCAGCACCGGGGCACGGUGAUGGCUGCUCCAGGACAAUCAGAGAAAUGAGACUCAAACCACUGCUUCAGAGAAGAGGCGGGAGGAGAUGCUGCCCAUCUCUGACGAGGCUCCUCGGACAACCACUCCCAGGGGCUGCAAGGCCCCAGAAACCCACCCAGCUCUGUCUUGACCAUGAUUUGUUGAGUGCCUUCUACUGCAGACAGCGAGCUAGGAGGCGCAAAGAUGAACGGAACUCAGGGCCUCGCAGGUGGUCAGAUGGCUGAACAAGUAAUUACAGCUCAGAAGGCUGCUUGUAGGGCUAGAUCUGGACACCAAAGCAGACAAGGGCAGCGAGUAAUGAGCCUGCCCGGAAGGGGCGUCAGUGAAGGCUUCAAAGAGAUGGGGUCACCAGCAGGGUUUUCAAGACGGAACUGGAGCUCGUGAGCAAACAAGAGGCUGGGACAGGCAUUCCACAGAGUCACCAGCGAGGCAGAGAGGUUACAAAUGCACCAGGAUUCACAGACCUAGAAGGGUGUGACGCUGGGGGCUAAGGCAGGAAAUGUGGCUGGUCAGGCAAGAAGGCGCUAGAACACACAGGCCUCGGACGCAGCUAAGGAGCUUGGCCUACAUGCUGCAGGGGGUGGGGAAGGCCCUGGGGAGCUUCACGCCGGGGAAACGACCAGCCCUGUGGCUCUCAACCGGGGUGAUUCUGCACCCCAGAGGACACUAGCAACAGACGGAGACAUUUUUGAUUGUCACAACUUGGGGGUGGAGGUGUCAGCAGAUGAAGGCCAAGGAUGCCGCUAAACAUCCCACAAGGCACAGGUGAGACCCAGCACAACACAGAAACACGCGGCUCAGAAUGUCAACAGCGCUGCUGUGGAGAAAUCCUAAUUCUCCAAUGUCCUCACUUUACAGAUGAGGGAACUGAGGCUCAGCGGCGUUACCUGAACUGGCCUCUUGGUUCCUAGGGGAUAAUAAAAGCAGGAGACCCAUCUAGUCUCCCAAAGUCUCAACCUCCCAGGGCGUACAAAGACAAGCAAGGCUGCUUAUCAAAUGGCUUUAGACGUCCUCACCGUGGAACCCCUCCACCAAGGCCCUGACAUCAACAGAAUAAGGCUGAUGACAGAGCCAUCCAAGAAGCCAGCCUCGCCGCCAAACCUCUUGGUCCCAUCUAGUACCAAACUUACCACCAUCGAGGCCAAGAGGAUCAUGUCCGUGCUGGAUGAGACCAUCCACAAGGUGCAGUUGGUGACGCUGCUGUCACAUGUGGCCUCCGGCGACAAGGAUCUGGAGAGGAUGUUGGGAGAGGGCAUCAUGAAGGCCGUGAGAGAGCAUGAGGAGCUGUGCCAGCUCCUCCUGGACAACGUGAGUUACCUGCAGCGUAAAGAGAGGCAGGUGCAGGAGGAGGAGGAGCUGGAGGAGGAGCGGGUGCUCUGGGACCGCCGCCUCUCCAUAGAGCUGCAGAAGUCUGCCCUCCUCCCGCUGAAGAGGCAGGUCAGAGAGUCCACCAAGAACACCCUGAGACUCCUGCUCAGUAACCCCCAGGCGGCCAGCCUCCUGCAGACGCAGACGCUGGGCCGAAGAGCAGGCGCCCAGAGGCUCGUCGACAGCCUGAUGGAGCUGCGGGGCUUCCUGUUUGAGAAGCUCCUCACCAGCCCCAUGGAAGCCAGAGACAAGGCCCAGUUCAUACAGGACAUCAGGAAACAGAACAGGAGGAACCAGGAAACCAUCAACGACCUUGAAAGGGAAUUGGCAGCCAGCAUGAAGAACAGGGACGCGGAGGUGGAGAAGGAGAACUUUGUGAUCCAAGAACUGAAAAACCACCUGCAGCAGGUGCUCAGGUUCUCGGACAGCAGCCUGCUGCGCACCAAGCAGGAGGCGGAGAAGCAGCAGAAGGCGGACUUCCGAGCCUCGCAGGCCAGGGUGGCCAAGAUCCAGCAGGAGCUGCUGCUGCUGCGCUCGCAGUUCCACAGCCUGGUCAUGGAGAACCGGGAGGCGGAGCAGGCGCUGAGGAAGAAAUAUAAAGUGGAGACGGAAAUCGAGAACUGGAUCCAGAAAUAUGACAUGGAUAUGGGCGAGAAGCAGGACGAGUAUGAGGAACUAGACUCCGUCUACAAGGAGGAGAAGGCCCAGCUGGAGGAGCUGAAGCAGAAGCACGACGUGCUGAUGGAAGAGUUCAACCAGAUCCGGGCGGAGCAGGAGAUCAACUCCAGGAAGCGGAUGGAGGCCGAGCAGGAGCUGGUGCGCAUGGUGCGGGCGGCCACCGUCAUCCAGGCCGUGUGGAAGGGCUACCUGGUCCGCUCCCUGCUCAGGUCCAAGAGGAGGAAGCGGAGCAAGAGCAAAGCCAAGGACAAGAAGGAGAAGGGCAAGAAGAAGGACAAGGACAAGGACAAGAAGGGCAAGGAGAAGGGCAAGGGCAAGAAAUGAGCGCCAGACCGGCCCCCGCGGGCACUCACCACACCCCCGCCUCCCAGAGAGCCGCCCAGGAAGCCACCAGAAUGGGGAGCCCUGUGAUUCGUGGCUUUAACGCUUUUUCAAAACCAAAAACCAUUGUAAACCACAUGCUACGAAUAAACCUCACUG